CACCAAUCAGAUGUGUAAACAGGGUGAAGUGAUGGUGAGCUUCCAAGUUUAACCAGGGAAUCUGCCGGCCAGUCGAGUGUCCAUCUUCCUAGCACAAAGCACGCAAGAAUCUGGCAGUGACUUGGUGAACGUGUUGUAAGUUUUCUGCGGAGUGCGUACCAUCGUCAAUACUGACAGGCAUAUUGUAAAAACUGGAGACAGAUUUUCGUGUGUUUGUAACGUAUUGCGUGUAGCAAGAGAACCACGUCCGUGCAAUCUCUGCUGUAUGAGUGCCGUUUAAAAUUUCGUUAUUUUAUCGUUCGAGAACGACAAUAUUUAAAAGUCGCUUAACGAAUGCUACAAAUCGUUACAGGGAAAAAAAAAUCGCGGUAUUGUGAGAAAUCGCUCGUUUUUUUAAUGCCCGGAAAUAACAUAAAUGAACAGUUGCAUCCGUAGGUUAUAACAGUGAGGUCUGUUGUCAUUUGGAAACAUGUAAUUGUGAAUUGUACGAAGGAAAUGAAGCUUGAUGAAAAAAUAUGUAGCAACUUUAAAAAUGUCGAAAUCUCUAGUAGUUGUAUAGAAACUGUGAAGAACACUUAAGAGACAAGAGUUCAAAUAAAAUUAAGGUACAGCGAAAUCAGUAAAUGUUUCGAAUAAAUAAAGCUACACAUUUUAUAGCUAAUCUUCGAAUAAGUGAAUUACAAAUUUUACGUUAUAUUUCCGAACUGAACAUUCCUUAAAAGCUGUAUUUGAUAUUUAUUACAUACAGCGAGGGCGAGGUUAGUGAUAACACCUGUGCGUCUUGUAGCUGGAAAAACUAACAGAAGUCAGGAUAUCUGCAUUCUUGCACACAGACAGCAUUAUGAUGCAAAACCCACUACUGGGAUAUUCUUCGUUCUCGCACUUCCUGGAUUUCCGGCAUCAGCAGUACCCGCUGCCGGUUCGGGGUCCAGCCAUAGCAAGUGCGCCGGCAUCGCCUUCACCACUGUUCAUGUACUCGGCACUCCGACAACAAGCCGUCACUUCCAGAAGCAGCAGCAGUAGCAGCGGAGGAGGAAGCCCCAGUCCACCGACCAUGGGCAAAUCGUUCACGAUAGACGCAAUCCUGGGGUUGAGGGACGCUAACAAGUUGGACUGUGCUGCAGGAAAGUGCAUGGCAACCGACCUCAGUACCGGGGCGAAGCACCCUGAAGUAGCCACAGUCGAGGCAGUGCUCCGUCAUCCGCUGCAGGCCUCGUAUGGCGUCAGAAGACCGAGUCAAGACAAGUCUUGCGACGUCGCGACCGGUGGUGGUGCAAGUGGAUGCAGCAAGAAGCCCGCUAAAUCGAAACGCGUUCGGACAAUCUUCACUCAAGAGCAACUGGAACGCUUAGAAGCGGAGUUUGAGCGACAGCAGUACAUGGUAGGGCCGGAACGACUGUACUUGGCUCACGCACUCCAACUCACAGAAGCUCAGGUUAAAGUGUGGUUUCAGAACAGACGAAUCAAAUGGCGAAAACAACAUUUAGAGCUGCAACAUCAGAGAUUGGCCGCGAUGAAACAGCAACUCCAGCACCAACAUCUGCAUGGAGAAGACGUUGAAGACAGUGAAAUAGACAGCAGCAGUGGAGACGGGGUUAGCAGUUUCCCUGCAAGAGUUUCACAGCCUUCCGAGUGAACCAGCUUCACUGAGAAGGCCCAGACGCAGGUUUCAGCACAUCAAAGCCACGGGCUACGAGACGAUGUGAAAUUUAUUGCGUUGUGUAAGUGUUCUAGAAGCAGGAAAAUCAACGAACGGACGAAGAAUUCAAUGCCUCAGCCAUAUGAACUUUGCACUCAAUUUGCUUUUUAUUCUGAAGACACUGGCAAAACAUUUGACAUAAUUAAGGACACCGAAUAAUAUUUUGAUGACAAUUGUGCUAUCAGUCUCACAAUUGAGUGUUGAUUACUACUGUGUUGAGGUUAUUGACACAAUCAUUAACUAAAAACGCUGUCUGUUAAAGAAAUCACCAAACAGGGGAAAAAUAGGAGAGAUAAAUGUAUACAAAACUUUUGUCGGAACUCAUAAAGCGGAAAUACAGUUUGGAAUACUUAGGCGCAAAUGGGAGGUAAACGAAUGGCGGGUAAUGGUGUGGAUUGGAUUUAAAUGGCUUGAGGUCCAAUGCCGAGCCCUUGUGAAAACGAUGAUCAACUUCCUGGUUUCAUUAACGGGUGGUGUUGACUAAUUGAGCGACUGUUUCUAGUUUCUUAAGGACUCUGCUCAAUGGAAUCAGAUUAAAGUUAAUACUGAUACUUGGUGAUAUAACAGACCUCUACGAGUAAUACA